CGUGCGAGUAACGUCCUCCCCGCCCGGGAACUCGUCAAACUCGCUGCUCCGCGCCAGAUCCCGAUUCACUAUAUCUCUACGGCGGGCGUCCUCCCCGCCAACGCAGCAGGGACAGACAGUGUGGUCGCGCAGUCCGUCGCCGCCCAUCCGCCCCCGAGCGACGGAUCCCAGGGAUACAUCGCCAGCCGCUGGGUCUGCGAACAACUGCUCCACGCCGCCACAACCCAGCUGCAUAUCCCAACCACCAUCCACCGCUUCGUUCCCGCUCGAUCAUCUCCAGAAGAAUCUACUAUCCCCGCCCUGCAGCACUUCCUCACCUUCAUCGACUCCCUCGCCCUGAAACCAGACUUUAGCGGCACGAAGGGUCAUUUCGAGAUGAUUCCCGUGCAUCGCGCAGCGGACUCUCUGGCUAGUGCUUUGAUCCAGGAACCUGCUGCGGACAAGAGCGUGGCCCCUCGCUUCGUACACCAUGAGUGUCCCGUGCGGAUCGACAUUGGGGAGAUGGAGCGGUUCAUGGAGCAGGAGAGGGGAGACACCCCGCUGCCGACGAUCCCACUACUCAAGUGGAUUGGGCAGAUGAAGCGCAACGGGUUGGAGUAUUUUGUCACGAGUCAGGUGUUGGUCAUGGGGGAUGGGGAGGGGUUGGAAUCCCGACGGUGA